GAACUUAGCUCCGGCUGAAGAAGCUGCCACACAUGACACCUGGUCUUCCCAGCUGAGCAUCCAGACGCAGCCCGGAACCAUGGGCGCGGAUAAGAUCCCUUCUUGGCUGGAGACGCACUGGACUCGGCCCUUGCACUUGGCCUUGACGUUCGUUCUCGCGCUGCUGCUGUUGCAGGUCGUCAAGCUCUACCUCCGGCGCCAGGGACUGUUGCGAGCCCUGCGCCUCUUCCCCGGACCCCCUCCACACUGGCUCUUUGGGAACCAGAGAGAGUUUUACCUGGAAAAAGAACUCCAGCAAUUUAAUGUGUUGCCAGAACAAUACCCUUGUGCUCUCCCUCUCUGGGUUGGGGCCUUUCAGGUGCUUUUAAAUAUCUAUGACCCAGAAUAUGCGAAAAUUCUUCUGAACCGAAGAGAUCCCAAAAUACAGCAUGGGUACAAGUUUAUUAUCCCCUGGAUUGGAGGAGGACUGCUGAGCCUGGAAGGAAAGAAGUGGUACCAGCAUCGCCAUCUGCUGACUCCUGCCUUCCACUUGAGCAUUCUGAAGCCCUACAUCCAUGUGAUGAAUGAUUCAGUCUGCAGGAUGCUGGAUACAUGGGAGAAGCUCAGCACCCAGGACAAUUCUGUGGAGAUCUGUGAGCCCAUUCGCCUGAUGACCUUGGACAGCAUCAUGAAAUGUGCCUUCAGUGUCCAGACCAGCUCCCAAACAGAAAGCUUUUCUACCAACUACCUCUCAACUGUGACAAAACUCUCAGAACUAAUCUUCUGCCGCCUGAACCACUACCUCCAUCACAAUGACUUGAUUUACAGGUGGAGUUCUCAGGGGCAAGAAUUCCAAGCUCUCUGCCAAAUAGCACAUCAGCUCCCAGCUAAGAUCAUCCAGGAAAGGAGGGAAGCACUCAAGAAUAAUAGUGAACAGGACAAGAUCCGAAAAAAGAAGUUCUUGGAUUUUCUAGAUGUUCUUCUUUGUGCCAAAAGUGAAAAUGGAGAAGGCUUAUCAAAUGAAGAGCUAGAGGCUGAGGUUAACACAUUUGUGUUUGGUGGUCAUGACACUACAGCCUCUAGUCUUUCCUGGAUCUUCUACUGUAUGGCCAUGAACCCAGAGCACCAACACCAAUGUCGAGAAGAGAUCAGAAAUAUCAUAAAAUAUGGGGAUACCAUUACCUGGGACCACCUAGACCAGAUGCCCUACAGCACCAUGUGCAUCAAGGAGGCCCUCCGCCUCUACCCACCUAGCAUCACUAUAGCCAGAGAACUUAGCAAACCCAUCACCUUUCCAGAUGGACGCUUCUUGCCCACAGGCAUGACAGUUGUCCUGAAUAUCUGGGCUCUCCACCACAACCCUACUGUCUGGGAAAACCCACAGGUCUUUAACCCUGAAAGGUUCUCCCAAGAGAAUUCCAUGAAGAGACACUCCUAUGCUUUCUUACCCUUCUCAGCUGGACCUAGGAACUGCAUUGGACAACAGCUUGCCAUGUUGGAACUGAAGGUGGGACUGGCCCUGACCCUGCUCCGUUUUGAGCUAUUACCAGAUCUGGAGAAGCCUCCUAUUCCAAUGCCCCACUUGGUUCUCAGGUCUAAGAAUGGGAUUCAUCUAUACCUAAGGCCACUGCACUAGCCCUGCUGGUCCUAGGAAUGGGUUGCAUGACCCAUUCAAAAAAUCUCUCCACUUUAUAGCCAAUGAUUCAAGUAAACACAUGCCAACAUUACUGAA